AUGACAAUGGCACUCCAUGACAAAGACGACGAGCAGCACCGACAGCAACCAAAGAAAAUCAAGACGUUGCACUCUUCAGGAACAUCUAAAGAUCCUCAAUUGCUACCUCCUGAUAUCAUUAUCGAAAUUCUGUCGAGGCUUCCCGUUAAAUCGCUCUUACGGAUCAGGCAAAUCUGGGGGACAGAACAAGAAGAACUUUGGGCCCAAAAACAAAGCUUCAAAAACCGGGUCAUCAAAAUCCUAACUCAAGCCAAAAGGGCCGGUCCUUGCCACGUCUGCGGAGAGAUUGGGCACUAUGCGAGAGAAUGCAAAGAUCGCAAAUCCAUACCGGUUGCACAUGCAGUCGAGAAAGUUACUGAAAUGGUGGCUAGUGUGAACCUUGGAGAGAUUUUCAUGAUCUCCUCUCUACUCGAGCAAUCUGUGCUCGAGGUUGGUUCGUAG